AGGGGCAGAAGAUACACUCAUUUGCAAAUCCAGUAAAAGAUUCAAAAUCUGCUACCGAACGAGCGCUUUUGUUGCUGCGCCAGGCUCGCCAAGGCGUCGCUUAUCUACGGGUCUUAUCGCAGCCCCCGCACUUGUCUCCGCAUAUAAGAACGGUGGUUGCGCCGUUUGUCUCCAACUGCCCCCUCAUUCUCCUUGCUCUUUGUCACGCUGUCACGAUGCUUCCACCAUUCGAUUAUUUCAACUAUCGUCGUGCCCGGACCAUAAAGCGGCAGGAACGCGCUGCGCGAUUCGCUUCUCUGCCUGCGGUCUACCAUGCGCCCAUAGAUGCUUCAGAUAAAGCGGUAGUCAAUAAGCCGAUCGAAGAGCUCGUAAAUGAGAUUCAGGAUGGCUCUCUUUCCGCGACAGAUGUGCUUCAGACGUACGGCAAGGUGGCUGUCAGAGCUCAGGAGAAGACCAACUGCAUCACGGAACUGCUACUUCCGGAGGCCGAGGUUUGGGCUCAGAGCGAAGUCAACCUCAAAGGUCCGUUAGCUGGAGUGCCUGUCUCCUUGAAGGACUCGAUCCAGGUCAAAGGCUUUGACAUUACGCUAGGCUACUCGCGCCUGGCCGGGAAGCCGUACGCCGAGGAUGGUCCGAUGGUGAAGCUCUUGAAAGAUGCAGGUGCGGUACCUUAUGCGAAGACGGCUCUACCGGUCACUCUUCUGUCCUUUGAAUCGGCAAACGCUCUCUGGGGUACCUGUCUUAACCCUCAUGUUCCGCAGUACUCCCCCGGCGGCUCGACCGGUGGAGAGGGUGCUUUGCUCGCUUUGGGUGGUCGAAUUGGUAUCGGCUCGGACGUCGCAGGUUCAGUCCGUGUUCCUGCUGCUUGGAGUGGAAUCUACUCCCUGCGUUGCAGUACUGGUCGCUGGCCAAAGAAUGGAGUGAACACCAGCAUGGCCGGACAAGAGGGAGUGGCGAGUGUGUUCAGUCCCAUGGCUCGCACAUUGAACGAUCUCACAUAUUUCACUCGGUCCAUUGUUGGCAUGAAACCAUGGAAGUAUGACUACACCGUUCAUCCCAUUGCCUGGCGCGGUGAGGAGGAGAUUGAGGCCAAGAGCAAGAAACUGAGGGUUGGGCUAAUGUCUACGGAUGGCGUCAUUCCUCCAACUCCCGCUAUCCAACGUGCCGUCGCUACCACAGUUGCUGCUCUCAACGCGGCAGGUCACCAAGUUGUGGAGAUCACACCCCCACCAAAUGCUGACCAGUUCGCCGGUCUUCAUCUUGCCUCUCAGCUGCUAAACUCCGAUGGCUGCGAGACCUUCAAUUCACACUUCUAUAGCUUUGAACCCUCCGAUCCUGGCGCUUCUCAGCUGUCCCUGAUUGCCAACCUGCCUCGUCCUUUACGAUACCUUUACUACCUUUUUGUGCGGUAUAUCCGGCGUGACCCGCAAUGGGCAGCCUUGAUCCUAGGUUUCGGUCCGAAGAGCGCUGCCCAGCAGUGGAAGUUAGUUGCGAAACGUGAGGCUUUCCGCUCAACCUGGCAUGCUUGGUGGGAUGAGCAAGAUUACGACUUCAUUCUCUGUCCGGUAAAUGCCACUCCGGCUCUUCCACACAGGGCGAUGAAAGAUGCUGUCUCCUCCUGCGGGUACACCUUUCUCUGGAACUUGCUCGACUACAGCGCUGGUGUUAUGCCGGUCUCACACGUCGAUGCUAAAAAGGAUGCUCUGGAAGCUCCUUACAGGACGGUUCUGAAGCAACUUGGUGCCAAUGGCGCGCUUGCACGGGGCGCCUGGAAGCACUACGAUGCUACUAAAAUGGCGGGUCUUCCGACGGCGGUGCAGGUCGUGGGCAGAAGAUGGCAGGAAGAGAAGGUGCUUGGCUACAUGGCCGCAGUCGAGGGCGCAUUGGAGAAAUAUCACAAUCCCAUCACUGGAGAGGGGGGAAAGUACCCACUUCUUGAGCUUGACUGA